CCGUAAUCUAACGGGUCGGGUCUCAAAUACAAGAACAUCUCCCAAAUUGAAAAACCCUAAAAUUUUCUGAUUCACAGGAGCAACGAUUCUGCCCAAUUUUCAAUCGGAAAAACAAAUUCAUGCUCUCCGACACUUCCAUUUCGGUAGACGAGUGAGUUUUCACUGUUCGCUGAUUCAAAUUGUAUUUUUUUGUCACUAAAUCACCAUGAUCUGUUACGCACUCCGUCGCAAAAAUCUAUCCUUCAUUUCUCCGAACAAUUUUGCAUUCUCAAUUUCGUUGCUUUACUUCUCUACCUCCAGUUGCAGUAAACCGAACGCCCCUGCGGUUUAUGAUUUCUUGGUGCAGAAACAUAAAUUCUCUCAUGUAGUUGCUUCACACGUUUCCUCUGUUUUAGCUUUUCCGAAAACCCCGGAAAAUUGGAAUUCAAUUAUUUCAUUCUUCAAAGGCGUCGGCUUAACCGAUACCCAAUUGGAGAGGAUCUUGAAAAUCAGGCCUCGUUUGCUUUCGGCAAGUCUGGAAAGAACCAUCCAGCCGAAAAUCGCUGCUUUCAAAGACGUCGGCUUUUCCGACAACGACAUUGCAGAUAUAAUAUCGAAAGUACCCGCGGUUUUACAUUCGAGCACGAAUAAUAAAGUCGUACCGGCAUUAUCUUUGUUGAGGGGUAUGUUUGGAUCCAACGAAGAGGUAACCAAGGUUUUAAGAAAAUCCGGUUGGUUGCUUCUAACAGAUUUGAAUAAGAACAUGGUGCCGAACGUUAUAUUCUUGAAGAGCUGCGGCGUAUCCACGGAGCAGAUAACUAUGAUUUUCAAAUAUCUCCCGAGAUUUUUUAUUUCUAAGCAAGAAAUUGUGAGGAGGUGUGUCGAAAAGGUCGAUGAAAUGGGUGUCGACAGGCGUUCGAAAAUGUUUGUUUAUGCCGUUGCGAUUGUUGGUUCGAUGACAAACGGGACAUGGGAACUCAAAUUGGACGCCUUUCGAAAUAUUUUGGGAUUUUCGGAAGAUGACAUAUUGAGAACCGUAAGGCAGAUGCCUCAGGCGUUUUCGGUAUCAGAGGAUAAGAUCAAGAAAGUAAAAGAGGUGGUACUUUCGACCGGAAAGUACGACGCGUCGUGCUUUGUUAGAAACCCUAAAUUACUUAUGCACAGCAUCGAGAAGCGGUAUAAGCCACGGUUUGAAGUUUUAGGUAUCUUGGAAAGUCGGGGUGUAAUUAAAAAGUGGCCUUGUCUUACGAUACUUAGCAAAAUGACGGAUGACACCUUCUUCAACGAGUUUGUAGCUCCUUAUACAAAUGAAGUUGGUGAUGAGCUAAGCUGAUUUUCGAAGGAAUUGGAUUAACUUAUUAGGAAGUCAACUCGAGCACUCGGUCAAUGGUUGGUUUGUAGCUUUGAUCGAAGCUAAUUGGAAAUUUGAAUCCGGUAGACAGAGGUACUUUCUUGAUGCUUGUGGCUAUCUUGUAUUUUUUAUUUAGGGCAAAUUACGGCCACCCUCCUGAGGUAUGGCCAAAUUAC